AUGGAAAUAUCCGGUCCAUUACUGGACGCCUUCAUCUACUACAUCACAGUGAUUGUCGUCUGUGAAGGAGCUCGAAACGCAGCAGAUCGUCUCUUCGACAAAAAAGGAAAUGUGCAUAGGUUUAUCAUCGAGUUUCUAGGAACACUUCAAGUCACAACGACGAUUUAUGAAAAUGCCGUCAUCGACAUUCAUCUCGGUCGUCAAGCAUUCGCAUUCACUCUCUUUAGUAUGGGUCUCGUAUUUGCACUUUGUAAUAGAACCGCAUUCUGUAGUCCGUUGGCUCCAAUUGAGCACUAUCUUUUUGGCAGACUCAGAUUGUCAGAAUUGAUUCAAACUCUUGUCGCUCAAUUCUCAGCCGGAUAUUUGGCGUUCAGCUUCGCGCGAAUCAUCUGGCUCCGUGCUUACAAUACAACUAAUGCACACUCCAGCAUUCUUCGAAUGAUGGAAUCGUGUGGCUUCAAUCAUCCAUAUCCAAUAUACUAUCAUUUGGCAUUCGAACUCAUCGGAACCUUCAUCGUUCGCCAUGUUCUGACUCGUGCCACAUCUGAAUCUCGCGAUUCUCGAGUCCGAUUCGUGUUCCCUGCACUGUUCAUGGCCGCCGUUUUUACUGGAACUGUGACAUUUGUCGGAGAUCAAGCUCUGGAUCCAUUGGUGGCUUCAACACUUUUCUAUGGAUGUCGUGGACUAUCAUUUGAGAAUUUCAUGUUGGUUUAUUGGAUUGCACCUGCAAUCGGAUGGAUGGCAUCUGCUUACUGGGAUUCUUUGGGAGGAGAGGAUGCGAAAAAGAGAGCAGCUAAAGAGAAGAAGGCUGAAAAGAAACGGGCAAAGAAGAGCGAAUAA